AUGACUACAAAUAUUUUGGAUAACAAAGCAUUUAUAGAUAGUGUAUUAUCAAUACAAUCAAUUCAAAAUGAUAAGGAAUUACAUUGGUAUAUUAUAAAUAUGAUUUUACCUGAUUUACCACAAAUCAUAGAAACUUUACAGAUUUGCUCAAAUUUGUUAAUGUACAAUUCACCACAAGAACCAGAUUCCAAACAAUGUAUUGAAAAAGGUCCAUCCAUCAAACUACCUUUGUCUUUAACCAAUCAACAAGACUCUGUCAAUGGGACAAUAACCCGAGAUGGGCCAUAUAUAACCAAUCUAAAAUUAACAGUUAAGAAUCAUUAUUUUAACAAGUAUUUCUAUAAAUUGCAUUUAAUAAAGCCAAUGGUCCUAGAACAAUUAGUUAAUGUGCUAAAUUUGAUUAGGGAUUCGAUUGAAAUACUACAGAAUCUUCAAUCAAUAGAUAAAGAGUUGUCAGUAUUGUCAGAGAAAGAAGACAAUCAACAUACUGUCAAACAUGAUCAAUUGAUAAAUGACUUCAAAAGACUCUUGGUUAAUAUUCAUGAUUCAAAGACAAAUUUGCAACUUCCAUUAGACCCCAACUUAAUUUUCCCCUUGCGGGUAACUGACGGAGAGAGUUUUGAACCCCAGUUACUGGACCGUGUGGCAGUAGAUUUUUAUCUUAGUCAAAAUCAAGUUUGUAUUGAUUUGAAAAGUCUUCACCGAAUAACAGAAAAACCAUGGUGUGAAAUUGAUGAUAAUGGCAAGUCGUUUGUGGAUAAAUUGAGAGAGGAAAUGAAGAACAAGAGACUGUCAGUUGGUGAUAAAUCUACUUCCGAUGCAAUCAAUCAAAAUAACAACACCAACAUAUUUUCUAAUAUGAUGAGUCAUCUUCUGUUAAGACACAAGUAUGAUACUAUGGAUUAUAUAACCCGAUGUAUUACCUAUAAUAACAUGGUUGUGGUGGUCAAUAAGAAGUUUGAAGUGUCUACAGAAGAUCCAAUAUUGAUCAGCUGUUUUACAAAAUUAGAUUCUUUGGAGAGUAUCAUCAAGGGAUACAUUUAUAGCUUGAAUAGUUUUUCAAUGUGA